AUGUCUGCUGCCUCUUGCCCAGCCAACUUUGUUGCCCUUAGGGGAGUAAAAAGAAAGGCCGAUGAUGAACUUUUGGAUGGAAUGAAGAAGAGAAGAUUUGAGAAUCUUCAAGAGAUCGAAGAGGAGAAGAAGCUCCAGGAACUGCCAGUGAUAAAGGAAGAGUACGAGGAAGAAGAAGAAUGGGAGAUCCCCGACUUUGCAAGAUCACUUUGCAAAACCUUUUAUAACCACAAUAAUGAGGAUCAAGAAGAGGAAGAGAUGAGACUCGAGGUAAGUAACUUUGGGGUUAUGCUGAGGGUUUUUGGGAUACUUUUGGAUACUUUUUGUGAAAUUUUCGGGAUUCUUUUGAAUUCUGGGGCUCUUUGAGAGCUGUUAAAAUUGAAAUACCAAAUUUUUAUUAUUUUUAUUCUAAAUAACUUGCAUUAAAAUUGCAUUUUGUCUUAGCUCAAAAUUGACCAGUAUAAUCCUAUUUUAUCUGAUUACUUAUUUUUUAUUUUCAGGAGCUCCUCAUUGAAAUGGAAGAUAGAAAAAAGACGGAGCAGUUGAAGCGUGAGGAAGAAGAAGACGCAGAAUACUACAGUCGUCUUUACGAAGAACUGUAUGGAGACGACGAUGAGGACGAUGGCCAAGAAUAUGGGAUGGAAGAGAAAGAAUGGGCUGAAGGUGUGGAUGAAGAAGAAUGA